AUGGCUACGCAGCGACAAUGGCGUCGACUGCUGCUGCAGCUGACGCUGGUGGCUGCGCUCGUCUGUGCCGCGCGAGCGUUCAACUUUGGCAACUUUGGUGGCGAGCGUCACGAGCACGAGGAGGUCGCAGCUGCAGACGUCGACUUUUACGAGACGCUGGGCCUGACGAUGGAAGCAACGGACGUGCAGAUCAAAAAGGCGUACCGUAAAUUGAGUCUAAAGUACCACCCGGACAAGUACACGGGCGACGAGGAGGACAUUGAGAGCCGUUUCCACGACAUUGCACGCGCCUACGAAGUGCUGUCGGACCCGCAGAAGCGUCAAGUGUACGACCUCGAAGGCAUCAAAGGCCUCCAGCGGGAAGAGCAGUCGGCCGGACGUCCAUCCAGUCCGUUUGACGCGUUCUUUGGCGGGGGAAGCGGUCAGCAGCGAGGACCUGAUGCCGCAGUCGACAUUCCCCUGACGCUCGAAGAGCUCUACAAUGGCGCGCAGAAACAAGCGCAGUUUUCGCGCAACGUCAUUUGCCGCAAGUGUCGCGGCACGGGCGCCAAAGACGGCAAGACCAGUACGUGCCGGCAGUGCAAGGGCAAGGGCCACGUGAUUGUCGAGCAGCAAGUGGGGCCAGGGUUCACCGUGCAAAUGCAGCAGCCGUGUCCGAAAUGCAGCGGCCGGGGCAAGACGUUCAAGACCGCGUGUCCGUUCUGCCACGGCCACAAAGUCGUCGAGGAAGACAAAGUGCUGACGGCCGACGUCGAGCGCGGCAUGCCGUCAAUGCACCAGAUUGUGUUUGAGCGCGAGAGCGAGCAGCACCCGGGCAUGGUGCCAGGCGACGUUAUCUUUCGCUUGUACCAGCUGCCGCACGAUCGGUUUCGUCGAGCGGGCGACGACCUCCACUUUGAUCUCGAGAUCUCGCUGGAAGAAGCGCUGCUGGGGUACAAGAAGCCGAUCCAGCAUUUGGACGAUCGCACAGUGGUGCUGAGCAACUCGCAGGUCACGACGCCGUUCGAGGUUCGCACGGUGCAGGGCGAGGGCAUGCCCGUGCACAACUACCCUUCUCAGCUCGGCAACCUGCAUGUCCACCACGAGAUCCGCUUUCCCACAAAGCUCUCAGCCCAACAGAAGGAGCUCGUAGCGAAACUGCUGCCGGAUGAUGCGGUCACAGCUGUCGAGUGA